ACACCGUAGGUAGUCGAUGAUCUCGCAAGAUUUCUCGAAGAAGACCUGUCGAUUUGUCAGAAUUUUAGGGAAUUUUUACAUCCUUCCGGAUAUUUAUAGAGACAUAAUGCAUGGCCGUUUGAAAGUGAAGACGACUGAAGAGCAGCAAGAGGCAAAGAGAAAGGAACGUGAAAAGAAACUAAAACUCUAUACAGCUGGAACCCAGAAAGUGUUUGAAAAGAGAAAGAAGAAAGAAUAUGAUGGGGAGAUCUUAGAAGUGUGUGCUCAGCUUCUUUCAGCAAAUCCUGAUGUCUACACACUAUGGAAUGUAAGAAAAGAAACAUUCCAAGUAUUUGCAGAGACUAAGUCAUGUGAUGAGAUGGAGGAUCUGUACGAUCGAGAGUUGGGAUUUAUUGAGAAUUGCUUGAGGGUGAACCCUAAAUCCUAUGGUGCUUGGUAUCAUCGAUGCUGGGUUAUGGAUCAUACACCAAAACCAGAUUGGAAACAGGAACUCAAGCUCUGUAAUCUCUAUCUGGAAUAUGAUGAGAGAAAUUUUCACUGCUGGGACUACCGUAGGUUUGUCGUCGCUAGGUCAGCUGUAGCACCGUCAGACGAUCUUGAAUUUACCAGUACUAAGAUCAGUACAAACUUCUCCAACUACUCCUCCUGGCAUUACAGGAGUAAGCUACUCCCUCAACUUCAUCCUGAUCAAGAAAAGAAAGGGCGAAUCAAAGAGGAAAUCCUCAUGCAAGAAUAUGAGUUGGUGCAGAAUGCUUUCUUUACUGACCCCAAUGAUCAAAGUGCAUGGUUCUAUCACAGAUGGCUCAUGGGUAGAGGUGAGAAACCGUUAGGGAUCCCAGUAAUGUAUGUAAACAGCGCCCUCAAUCAAAUCAUGGUGAUAUUCAGUCAACCUGUAAACCUCCAGCAGCAAUCAGCGGUGGUGUCUGUAAAUGAUCAAAUCGUAGAUGGAACGUGGAAGAAUUCAAGGAAUAAUCAAUACCACAGCAUCAUGUGGAUCUACACAGUCAACAGUGAUGCAUUAAAUCAGGAGAAUAGAAGAAAACUUGAAGUCAAACUGAGCGAAGAUGUUUGUAGAACAUGCCAUCUAGAUAAAGGUGUGACGGAAUGUUGGUGUAAGGACGUUCAAGAUUCAGGAUCACUCUUCACUGCUGAACUCAGUGAUGAAAAAACAGAAUUCCUCAAAACAGAACUAGAGUCAUGUCAGCAACUAAGAGAAUUGGAACCGGACAAUAAAUGGUGUUUAUUGACAGUGAUCCUUCUCAUGAGGGUUCUCGACCCCUUGAAACUAGAGACGGAGAUGCUUAGCUGCUUCACAACCAUCCUGGCUCAAGAUACCUACAGAGCAGAUUAUUUCAAGGAUCUCAGGUCCAAGUUUAUCAUGGAGAAUGCCAUCAUGAGAUAUCUACAGGAGAGGUCAAAGGUCACAGAGUCAGAGGUCAACAAAAUGACAUUUGAUGUAUCUGGCAAGGAGUUAACAACACUACAUCAUCUCGAGUACUUAUCAUCUUUACGAUUCAUGGAUUUUUCAACCAACGAUCUUCUUGCCCUCAAUGAUGUCGAUCUACUGUUUAGUGUGUCUGAUUUAAAGGCUGAUGACAACAAGAUCAAAGACAUCUCACACCUGCGUGGGUUGCCUUCCUUGGAAACUUUAUCACUGAAAAACAACAAUAUCUCUUCUCUCAUACACAUAGAGCCCCUGGCAGCCUGUCCAAAUCUUCAAAAUUUAGAUCUGACAGGUAAUCCAAUUUGCGACAUUGACAUGUUUAGGUCUGAAGUAGGACGACUACUUCCACAGCUAAAAAGUCUGAAUAAAGAGUCUCUAUGACAAUAAUUAGUUUGUGUUUAGGUCCGUGUUACUCAUUUUCAAGUGCAAAUAACAUUAAUCGCUCAUUAUUGUUUUGUACCAAAUCAAGAGAGGAAGAAAUUAAGUUGAAUGAAUAGAUGAAUGUCAGUAUGGAUCAAUUUUGAUGUAAGCUUGCAUAUAACAAUAACAUUAUCGACAAACAUUUAUAAGUUCAUUUGAUGUCUAAGUUUUUGUGUAUUGUCAUAGACAAUGGCAUUGGCUUAAUUUUACUUCCAAGAUUCCUUUGUGUGCACAUUCCAGACGUCAUUUUGUAUUGUUAGAUGUUUUCAUUAACAAUUUCAUGAUAAGAAAGUAAAAGAAAAGUCAAACAAACACAAUGAUGGAUUUAUUUCAUCGUUGAUCCAUUUGCAUAUUUGAUAUGAUACAUUCAAUGAUAACCACCCAAGGUCCCAAUACUCAACAGCCAAUCAAAAUUAAACUUAGACUUUCAUUGUAGUUAGCAUUGAAUUGCAACAUUAUUAAUGGUAUUCUUGAGGGCCAUGUAUACCUAAAAUGUGGGAAAAGUUUAGUACCGUUUCCUCCUACUGUACUGCAUGCUUAUCUAUCAUGUUUUAAAGUCACUAUAGGUUAUCAUAAUAGGUCUUUGUAUACAACUAUGUAUGUACCUCAUUUAUUUGCACAAUUAAUAGGUGAAGCAUUUGUGAGUCCAAAUUCAUACUUUGCUCAUGUAUGCAUAUUAGAGUGACAAAAUAUUACUAAGUGGAUUUUGGUAUCAAGCCAAAUGUUACAGGGGUCAUUAUAUUCAAUGAAUUACCUUGUUUGCAUGAUAAAUUAGGAAUCUCAGGAUAGAUCAUCUUCAAUCUUGGUUCCUGUUUGCACAUGUGAUUGAGGAUGAUAUGAGUAGAUUGAGGUCACAAUGCCAAGUUCAAAGGUCAUAGAGGUCAUUAUGGGGGAGGCAUAUAAAUCAACAUAUAGUCAAUGAUCCAUUUAGUUUGUGAUUAUUUAGACAAAGAUCUUCAGCUUGGCUUGUCCUGAAACUGAAAUCAUAGUGUUGAUUUAUGACAACUUCAUUAUUCUUGCUAUGCAUAAUUUCUGUUACAUUAUCUUUUUUCACAUCAGUAAUAUUUCUUUCUCAAUAAACAGACUGUUUAUGUUGUUUAAUAGCAAACGAUGUUAACAUUGUAAGCCUAUUCCAAAUUUUGCCCCCCCCUUGAGUACAUGUCACUAAUCCAAUUCAUUACUUGAUGAUAUGAAUGUGACAAUGUGUUUACCCAAAAAAGAUAUGGAUGAACUUAUUCACGAACUUUGUGAUUUCACAUGAAAUUUUAUUUUGGUUGGGUGCCCAAUCAUAAUUCUACUAAUAAAAGCAUUAUCCUCUUCCCCUUUGAUUGUAAAAUUCCUUUGAAUUAAUACAACUUAAUGUGAUGACUUACACUCAAGCCUGUUUACACUUGCCAGUAAUAUUCAGUUCACACUUCCCACAAGAAAUUGAGAACUAUAGAAAAAUGCAAUUCAAAAUGAAGAAAUACUCAUUUUUUAUAGCUGUGUUCUUUUUCCUCUUAUCUUUUAAACUUUGACUCUCUUGCAAUUACAUUGUAUUUUGAAUAGUGAAGAAUAUUAAGAGUCAAAAUGUGAACAUUGGCAGCUGCCAUUGUAAGAAUAAGAUCUUUUUGUGUAGUCAAGACAGUGUGAGUCCAUGAGCAGGGUUUAAAUUCAAUUACUAUAAUGGUUCUUCUUUUAUCACAAUAAUGUGUGUGUUAAGAAUUCUGUGACCUUUGACCUCAUGACCCAUAAAACCAAUAAGAUUGUCACUCCCAAAUUACAAGAACCAAAUUGAAAAUUGAUCCGCCAAAUGUUGCUUAAGUUGGAUGGAAUGACUGACGGACAGACAGACUAACUGCCCAAAGACAUAUCGCCUUUGGUAUUAGAAGGCAUUUUCAAUGUGCUGUUAACUAAGUGGUACUGUUGUUUUAUUGUGAUGAUGUAAGGAUACUAAAUUAUUGAGAAAAAAUAUUGAAAAACCUGAA